GUCAGCGCGUUGGAGCAUGCCUACUGCGGUCCAACAUAAACAAAGACAGGACGCUGCGCCGUAAUAAACUCAACUCUCCAGGUGUUUAUACGCUAACCGCACCGAGGAAAUAGGAGCGCAAACUAUUUCUGUAGCUAUGGAAAACGCAUUAUUAAUGCGAGUGAGUGUUUUUACCGACCAAGGAGGCAGGAAAUACAUGGAAGAUGUGACCGAAGUCAUAGUUGAGCCCGAGCCGGCGGACGACGAGCCGACGUCGGCUGAGCCCGAGGAGACCGUCGGGGGAGACGGUACGUUCGGUUCGUUGGCUGCGGACACGCACCCACAGCGGACUGACGGCCCCGUCGUGUCGCCUCGGGUUUCAGGGGCAUCGUGUGAACCGGUGCCAACGGAGGACCAACGUAUUAUAGUGGAAACGUCUCUACCGGGCGGUCAGAGCUCUCCGGGAGCCCGCCGUUCCGUAGCCUUCCUCGCGGUGUUCGACGGACACGGGGGUCGCGAGGCUGCGCAGUUUGCGCGAGAGUAUCUCUGGGAGUUCAUGAAGAAGCAGCGGGGGUUCUGGUCCGACUGCGACCUGGAGGUCUGCGCUGCUAUACGCAAAGGAUUCAUAGCCUGCCAUCACGCCAUGUGGAAAAAGCUACCUGAAUGGCCAAAGACACUCACAGGCCUCCCCAGCACGUCGGGUACCACAGCCAGCGUGGUGUUCAUCCGUGGAAACCGCAUGUAUGUGGCCCAUGUCGGGGACUCGGCGGUGGUUCUAGGGGUCCAGGAUGACCCUUCAGACCCUUUCAUCAGAGCUGUGGAAGUCACACAAGACCACAAACCUGAACUACCCAAAGAGAGAGAGCGUAUUGAAGGGCUGGGAGGGAGUGUUAUCAAAAAGUCUGGAGUGAACCGGGUUGUCUGGAAGAGGCCGAGGCUGAGUCACAACGGCCCAGUCCGUCGGAGCACCGUCAUCGACCAGAUCCCCUUCCUGGCAGUAGCUCGAGCUCUAGGUGAUCUGUGGAGCUAUGACUUCUACAGUGGGGAGUUUGUGGUUUCUCCAGAGCCCGAUACUAGUGUGGUGACCCUUGACCCCAGAAAACACCGAUACAUCAUCCUGGGCAGUGACGGGCUGUGGAACAUGGUGCCCCCUCAAGAGGCUGUCUCCAUGUGUCAGAACAACGACGAGGCGAUGGCGCCAUGCGGGGUAUCGAGUGCCCGGCAGCUGGUCAGCCAUGCUCUGCUGCGGUGGCGCCAGCGCAUGUUGCGUGCUGACAACACCAGCGCCAUUGUUAUCGCCUUGCAGGAGCAAGGGAGCUCCCAGGACGUGCUGCACCACGAGGAGGUGCUGCUGGACAUGGCCAAGGUGUCCCAGUGUCCUCCCACCUCGCUAUCGCGCGCAGACACUCCUCUGCUUCAGCGGACUCUCGAUGAAGACUCCCCCUCUGCCAUGUGUGAUUUCCUCCCUGCCUUGGAGCGACGGGACGGACUAUCUGGAAGCAACAACCUGUACCGCACAAACCGGUCCGACCUGUUCACUCUGACGCCACUGUGUCCGAACAGCGGCACUGAGCUGCCCGGUCGGUCCAGUCCCACGGACAGGACGAUCGGCGGCAGGAGUCCUGGCAGCAAAAGAACUAUUGGCAGAUCGCCCUCGGUGCAGAGCGCCAAGAAGGCCCGACGCAGGCCAGCCGCCCGCCCGCCACUGGUACGACACAACGCAGAGACAAGCAAAGUCUCUGCUGUCCUCCAGCAGCACAACAAGGCCACCGUGUGUGCGUGCUGAAACACACACACAGACGCAUUAACCUGCUGCCUUCCACGGUCCAACCUGUCUCUGGUGACUCUUCUGUCCAAGUGUCCAGAGACCAGGACACAACGUACAGAGCGCUCAUUUUAACAAAAAAACAUUUAGACAGUCUCCAGAUUCCUUGUAGCUGUGCUGAUUGAAAGGCGUCUUAAUGGUUCCUCUUACUGGUAGACGUUGUAAGAAAGAAGUGUGACUAAUGAUGACGGUGCAGCUAUUAUGCAUUUUACAGUUGAGUGUUAAGUAAUAGGUAAUGUUCAUGUAAAACAAAUAUAUAUUUUUGUACAUUCUUUUAUUGUUUGAUGAUAAAACGUGACAAGUAGCUCAACAACAGCCCUCUCCCCCGUUUCACGCUCUGCAUAGACACUUGUGUGCACACCCUGGGCUUAAACAUAUGUGUGUUUUUAUUCUCAUCAUUUUAUUUAAUCACGAAUAAAUGUAAUAUGAAGUGACGGUGAUGCUACACCAACAGCCCUGUAAGCUACUACAUUGUGAAUAUUGAUCUAUAGAUACUUGUAACGAGUUUUGGUAGCACUUGUAUUCUUUGAGCGUACGCAUUGGACACAUCUGCGCGAGCGCUCAAAUAAUGGCAGAUGUUUUUAAAUUGAAAUAGCACAAUGCAUGUUAAGGGAUGGAUAGAUGCACCCUAUUAAUCAUAUUACAAUGUUGGGAGCUGUAGGUUUAGAGUUAGGUAGGGUUAGGGUUAGUAUUCCAUUCAACCUUUUGUCGGGAGCCAGCUCCACCCGGCCCUACGUCAGGUCAGGAUUUGUCUUUGCUGAAGUUGGUUUGCUUCGUCCAGGCGUCUCUGAAACCAAAUCUUUUCCACAACUCGAUGUUUACAGUAGCUCUGAAGUAUCCAGUUGUGCCGCCAUGCUCUCACAGGGGCAGCACCAGAUGUGUUGAGGUGGGUUUGACCAUCUGUCCCAGUAACAAUGUGUCUACAUCUGUUGGGAUUUCCUUCUCAUUGGGGAGUAGUGACGUAAUGCACGGAUACUUUGUUGCUUUUCCACUUUAAUGGUGAACUGAAUGUCUCUGUUGAAACGAUGCAUAGGGGUGGAUAGCAUUAGCAGAAAAACUCGGCCCAUGUAGGAGGUCAGACACUUGACGUCUCCUGCCUAGUCUGAGGAGGGUUUGCCUCUAGUGGUUUAGUUACAGGACAGACUGUAUGAUUUAGAUGAGAAAUAUUACCUGAAAUAAAUAAAAGAAUGUCCGGUAUAAGACCGAUGUCUCCAUCUUUGUAAAACCACCACGUUACACGAUGAUGCUUUUUCAUUCAGUGCAAUGAACAGAAAUUAGCAGCAUUAUUAAUGUUUGAAUUUGACGCUUCCUCUGCAAACACCGUUACUUUGCUCGGGAUUCCUGUGUGACUUACGUAUUUCGUUAGUUUUGUUUUUAUUUCUCAUGGAUCUUCGUGUAAUCAUUUACUAAAAGCCUAAAGUGCAUGUGUACAGUGUAAAUGUGAAACAUGUCUGUGGAAAUGAACCUAUUUAAAUGAAAAGCUCUGAAAUAAAGUGAUUACUAUGACAUUU